AAGCAUGGAAACCAAAAGAGAAUUUCGUCCCUCCUUCCGCGGCUAGCUAGGACCCAAAACAAACUGUACUAUACUAUUGUAGCUAACUACGUACCUAAUCAUCAACAAGCGACUAGUUAAUUAGUGCUAAAAAAGAGAGAGAGAAGAGGAAGCCCCAAUUAGAUAUGUAGUGACCCUGGACCCAGACCCAGACGUCACUACGUUUAGCAUAUAUGUCCGACGAGACACAGUUAAUACACGACUAGCUACAGUUCAUAGUAUUUUAGCAGGCAGAUUGCAGUCUUCACAGUCUAACACACACCUCGCUCGCUCCUCAACCCGGCCUUGCCACUCAUAAUCUUACGCCUUCCCCUAUAGCUUGCACGGCGCGCGUACGCAUCAUGGAAGCGCUCUCCAUGGUGGGCAGCGGCGGCGUUUAUUCUUGGCCGGCGGCGUUGCUCGUCGCGGCCAUCGUCGUCUCUGCCUCCGUGCGGUGGUGGGGGAUCAAGCGUCAGCCGACGACGACGGAGUCCAAAGCCCGGCUCCCCCGCGGCUCGCUGGGGUGGCCUGUGGUGGGCGAGACGCUGGCCUUCAUCUCCGCUGCCUACUCCGCGCAACCCGAGUCCUUCGUCGACAAGCGCCGCCUCCUGUACGGGAAGGUGUUCAAGUCGCACCUGUGGGGGUCGAAGGCGGUGGUGAGCAGCGACGCGGAGGUGAGCCGGGCGGUGCUGCAGGCGGACGCGUCGGCGUUCGUGCCGUGGUACCCGAGUUCGCUCAUGCAGCUCAUGGGGGAGUCAUCCAUCCUCGUCCUCGGCGGCGGGCUACAGCGCCGGGUGCACGGCCUCGCCGGCGCCUUCUUCAAGUCGCCGCAGCUCAAGGCGCGCCUCACCGUGGACAUGCAGCGCCGCGUCGCCGACGCCAUGGACGCCUGGCAAUGCCAUGGCGUCGUGCGCGUCCAGGACGAGGCCAAGUCGAUUGUGUUUGAAAUCCUAGUAAAGGCGCUGAUAGGUUUAGAGCCAGGGCAGGAGAUGCAUUACCUCAAGCAACAGUUCCGUGAAUUCAUUGCCGGUUUGAUAUCCCUUCCCAUUAAGCUUCCAGGGACUCAACUCUACAGAUCUAUCCAGGCUAAGAAGAGGAUGGCAAAGUUGAUCCAAAAGAUUGUCCAAGAGAAGAGGGAGAAGAGGAUGGGAGGCAACAACAAUGCGACCUGCAAGGCUCCGCGCGACAUGAUUGACGUGCUGAUGAGCAAUGGAAGCGAAGAGCUCACCGACGAGCUGAUCUCCGACAACAUGAUCGAUUUCAUGAUCCCUGCGGAGGACUCCGUGCCGGUGCUCAUCACACUUGCCGUCAAGUACCUCAGCGAGUGCCCUCUGGCUCUUGAACAACUUGAGGAGGAGAACAUGGAGCUGAAGAAGCGAAAAUCAGCCGUGGGCGGAACACUGGAAUGGACAGACUACAUGUCACUCGCGUUCACGCAGCACGUGAUCACGGAGACGCUCCGCAUAGGCAACAUCAUAAACGGGAUCAUGCGCAAGGCGGUGAAGGACGUGGAGGUGAAGGGGCAGCUCCUCAUUCCCCAGGGCUGGUGCGUCUUCCUCUAUUUCCGCUCCGUCCACCUCGACGGCCACAUCUACGAUGACCCCUACGCCUUCAAUCCAUGGAGGUGGAAGGAGAGGGACAUGAUGGCCGCCAGCAGUGGCUUCACUCCCUUUGGUGGAGGGCAGAGGCUAUGCCCCGGGGUGGACCUGGCCAGGCUCGAAGCUUCCAUCUUUCUGCACCACCUCGUAACCACCUUCAGGUGGGAAGCAGAGGAUGACACCGUCGUCACCUUCCCCACGGUACGGCUCAAGCGGGGGAUGCCCAUCAGAGUCUCCCAAAACAUAGAAACGUCUGGAACCGCAACAUUUCGCAGUACGGAGUCGGCCUCUGUGUAGAAAGACCUGUUUUCUGUUACGCAUGUAUAUUUCCAUCGAGGAGACGAGGCAGAUGCACCAAGAGAGCAGCAGGCUAGAGCCAGCAGAGACUCCUUAAGAGACACUUGCAUUUCUGUUUUACCGAAGAAUUGACUCUUGGCUUCGGUCAGUCUCUUCUUUCUUUUUACAUCUGCUUCGCUCAGUCUCA